AUGGCGGCCAUCCAGAACCUGCAGCUGUGGUGCAAGCAGCAGUGCGAGGGCUACCGCGAUGUCAGCAUCACCAACAUGACCACCUCCUUCCGCGACGGCCUUGCCUUCUGUGCCAUCCUCCACCGGCACCGGCCCGACCUCAUAAACUUCAACUCCCUCAGUAAAGAAAAUGUGUAUGAGAACAACAAGUUGGCAUUUCGAGUGGCGGAGGAGGAGCUGGGGAUCCCAGCCUUGCUGGAUGCAGAGGAUAUGGUUGCUCUGAGGGUACCAGACAGGCUGAGCAUCCUCACCUAUGUUUCCCAGUAUUAUAAUUACUUCCAUGGACGGUCUCCUAUUGGAGGCAUGGCUGGAAUCAAGCGUCCUUCCUCCGAACCUCAGGAGCAGCCUCUUGGGAAGAAAGCUGUUUCAGAGCCUCCUAAGCCAGUGCCACCAAAACUGCCUCCUGCCCACCCACCAGCCAGAGCUAAGCCAAAAGAAACCUCCCCGGUCACAACAAAAGGGGUGCUGGCAGAGAGCGGGAACAUCCCUAGCAGCAGCUGUGGUAUCUGUGGGAACCAUGUGCACCUGGUGCAGCGCUACUUGGUCGAUGGGAAGCUCUAUCACAGGAAUUGCUUCAGGUGCAGGCAGUGUUGGAACGUGCUUCUUCCUGGAAGCUACAAAGCUGGGCCUGAGCCCGGUACGUUCAUCUGUACCAGCCACCAGCAGCCAGACCAUGUCCAGAUCUCUGGUCUCCACAGCACCGGGAACAAACCUGAGAGUACCCCAGCGCCUACCGCUGCCAGGGCGUUCCAGAAAGCAGCAGAACCCAAGAAACUGGAGCAGGUGUUGAAGAAACCCAGCCAGGAAGGCCUUGCUAAUUCAACCAAGCCAUCUGUUUCAUCUUCUGGAAGCUCUGGCUUCAAAAGUGUAAAUACUCCAUGGUCCUCUUCAGCUGUGAAUAAAUCAGAUGACUGCAAAAGUACCCCGUUGGGAAGUAAAACAGAUCACCGUGAAGGUACCCCAUCAGGGCCUCUUUGGGCAACCUCCACAACAAAAACACAGCAAGCCCGAGAAAAUUUUUUUCGGUCAUUAGAGUCCUCCAGCAAUAAAACCUCUGACACUAAAAAACAAGUUCCUUCUUCUCAUGGCCCUGGUAAAACUGCCCCUGCCAGAACUACUACUGAAGUCAAUCCAGUGAAUGCUGAGAAGGAUCAGGCACGUAACCAUAUUAUACAGGCUCUGGCUGGAUCAAACGCCUCUCCAAAUAGGCCAGGAGGACUCGGUUCCACUGGCUUCUCAGCGCCCAGCGGUGGCAAGUUUUCUCCCACCAGUUCUCAGUGGCAGAGUCCAGCUCCAAAAGCACAGCCCAGCAAAACAGGGUACACAGCACUAAAAGAGGAAAAGAUUACAGACCCUCUGCUCAAGAGCCAGGCUGCCAGCAAACCUGUUGACUCUGUGCACAAGCCAGCAUCGAAAGGCAUCAAAGGAAGCAAGAAUGUUGGCGAAGACAAGUCUGAGAACCCAGCAGACUGGAGAUCUCGGUUGAAACCUGUAGCCGACAAAGACCAAGGUGGCUCUAAGAAACCUACUGCUAACUCCCAGGUGGGAACAGGGAGCCCAGCACACAAGGAGACAAAGCCAAGUCCGUUAGUUGUCCCAUCAGCAAAGCAGGACUCUGCUUCAUCUGGUGGAUUCACGAAGAAGUUGUUGAUCCCCAGCUCAGACCUUAUCAAGAGCUGUCAGAAUUCGAAGCAGGGCUGGGAAGACCCUGGGGGCUCUGCCAAGAAGGAGGAAGAGGGCAACCAGUUGAAGAAAAACACUACCACAUUUAAACCUUCUGUUCCGAAAAGCAUCCAGAGCCCUGAGGCAGUGUCCCCAACCAAGCUGCACCCAGACUACCUUCCUGAGGAGGAAAUCCAGGAGAAGGUGUGUGACAUUGAGAAGCAGCUGGAUGAGCUGGAAUUGAAAGGAGUGGAGCUGGAGAAGCAGCUGCGUGACUGCGAGGGAGAUGAGUCUGAGGAUGCCCUCAUGGUGGAUUGGUUCAAACUGAUCCAUGAGAAACAGCUGCUGCUCAGACAGGAAUCAGAGCUGAUGUACAAGAUGAAACAGCAGAAGCUGGAGGAGCAGCAGUGGAACAUUGAGACAGAGCUGCGACACCUCAUGAACAAGCCAGAGGAACUGAAGACACCAAGGGAGAAGGAGCGAGAGAAGGAGCUGCUGGAGUCGUACCUGAACACAGUCAAUGAUCGGAAUAAUAUUGUGGAGUGCCUGGAUGAGGACAGACUCAGAGAGCAAGAGGAGGACCAGAUGUUGGCAAACAUGAUCCAGAGGUUGGAUGGAUCUCUUGAGAGCCAGGAACCAGAGAAGAAGAAGAACAAGUUCCGCUUGUCCAAAAUAUGGAAGCAGAAAAAUAAGAGUAAAGCUCAGGAUUGAUGUUCCUUUGCCCAGCGGCCCAGAGGGGGUCAUCAAAGGGAUGUUCCUUCCUCACUGCUGCUUUCCUGGAGUCGUGCAGGACUGUGAUGAGGCUCCUCUGCUCCCUGACAUGGAGACUGCAGGUUUGCGGACCAAAGGAAUAGUGUGAAUCCCCUCUGGCGCUGGUAUGGGGCCCAAGGAUGCCUUUCCCAGAAGAUGGACUUUUAAGACUGUUUUCCUCCUUUGGAUCUAGCUCAGAGCUGGCUUCAGCCUUGUUGGCAGCUCAGGGGGGCAGACCUCAAUUUGCCCAUCCACUGCUCAGGUCGUUGCAGUCCUGAACGCAGGAGCAUGGCACUGCAUGUCAGCCCACGGUGCCCCACUCAUGUCAGCCAGGGCUGCACUAAGGAUGCUUCACUGGUCUCUCUCUCUC